AGUGUUCUUCAAAACAUCUUAAAUUGCUGUCUUUUGUGAAAGACACACAGGUUUGGACUGACAUGAGGAAGAGUAAAUGAUGAAAAUAUCAAUAUCUGAGAUGAGGGUAGCUUUGUGUCAUUUCCAAACCAAGCAAAAUUAAAGAUUUUUAUUCAGAAACAAUCAUGUCCUUUACAUUUUAUAUGUUCAGAGUGGUCCUAAUUAAAGAAUCAGACAUUAAUGUGUGUGGUACAAAGCCCUGUGGUGUCACAAUGCCAUACCAGUGAGUUUGUGAAAACAAACUCUGUGCUAUUUAUUCAAAGUUUCCCUCAGUGCAGAUAUUAUUUUCCUUUCUUUUUCCCCGUGACCUGGUGUUCUGCAUCCAUCUGUUAGUGGUAGUUUUGGCAGUGCCCUAUCAGAACGAGUGCCAAAUCAAAAGCACCUGUUGUAAGACUCUUCUACUCUUUGCCAAAACCAUAAACAAACACGCCACACCAACUGCCAGUUUUGUCUGUCAAAGGAAAAUAAGGCAUCAACGGCAUCACCCCAUGUAACUUUGGAGAAUAUGCGACAGAAGCCCCAGGCCCUGGUUCAGAGAUGUUUCCGACUGCUCUUCCUACUCGAAAGCGUCGGCGGCCUGAAGUUGCCUUCGUUGGGGGUCGCGAGGAGGUGAAGUUCAGGGAUGUGACUCUGUUCCUGGUGGAGAGGAGGAUGGGAAAAAGCAGGAGGAAUUUUCUGUCUAAUCUCGCCAGAUCUAAGGGCUUCUGCGUAGAUGACGCUCUCAGGUACGUGACAAAGAACACAACCCAGUGGAUAAGGCGUAGCCAGACUCUCACGUGUGCUGAGGAUAAUAAUCCCGUCGUGGAGCAGAGGUCGUGUGCACAUCCGUCAGCCACACCUGAGUCUGCUGUAUCUCAGUACGCUUGCCAGAGACGGACGACGUUGGAUAACCACAAUAAGAUCUUUACAGGAGGAUCCUUUGAGGUGCGGGGCUCUUCCCUUCCCAGGGCCGUGUUGUUAAUUACUGAUUGUUUAGGAAAAUCUACUGUAAGUUUAAUGAGGCACACCGCUAGUAUUUUUCAAUCGUCAGGCCUCGUAAUUUUCCACCGCUGUCUUCAGGCGCUCAUUUACGACCUGCUGAUCUAUAAACAACACGCUGGCUUCAAACAAUUAUGCAGAUCUAGUUCGGGAGAUUUCCAGUCGGGGUUCUUGUUUUAUGAGGACAUCAGUAAGCCGGUGAGCAGGACAGAGGCCAGCGCUCUGAAGAUUUUAGUGGAGGAAGCUGUUAUCUGUGUCAACCCAUCCGCCACCGUCAGCAUUACAGGAGGAUUCAGCAGCGUGCGAUGUUUUGGCUUUGCAUCUGACGGCUCUCCAUCAGAGGAGUGGAACGGAGCCGGCGUGUGGUCCAUCGGCGUAGCAGGUUUGAAGAAGGGAGGGGAGGAGGAUAUUAUUCUGGCGGUGAUCGAGCGAUUCAAAAGCCAGAACAUCCUGCUGUACUCGGACUUCCAGGAGUCGACCUUUGACCUGCGGCAGCUGCCGACUCACUGCUUUGAGGCCAUGGAUCAUUUCAGCAAGUGUUUCCUGAUCAUAAAGCUGAAGCGCGAGCAGGAGACGGAUGCGAGAGCAGGAAGGGACUGGAGAGCCGUGCGUGUGGAUCUGGUGGCUCCGCCGCUGGAGCGGUUCGCCUACGCUCUGCUGGGAUGGACAGGAUCCACGCUGUUUGGAAGAGACCUGAGACGAUUCGCCAGACUGGAGCGAGGAAAACUGCUGGACAAUCACGUGCUGUACGACAAAGCUACGAAUACCUUCUUGCCUGCUAACACGGAAGAGGACAUCUUUGCCCACCUGGGUUUAGAGUAUAUUGAACCUUGGCAACGAAAUGCCUAGUUUCAGUCUCUGCUCUGUGAAGCCUGCCGAGGUUCUGGACAGAUUCAACACCCUCCACAUGACGCUGAUGCUGAUUCACAUCGAAAUACCCGCAGUCUGAUUUCACCAACCAGCGUGAGCAUUAUUGAUAGUUCAGGGAGUUCUGUUUUCUUUUUCAAA